AUGGGGCCGGAACCCGAGGAAGAGCUGGACGAUAUGGACAUUCACGAAGCACGUGCGCAGAAUGAUCUCCGUUUGAAGUCGAUCUUCGAAGGCAUUUUUGAAAAAUACGGCAAGGACUUUACCGACGUUGGCGACGAAAUUGAUUUGCAAACCGGAAAUAUAAUUGUGAACAAUGGCCACAUCCAGGCCAUGGAGGGUGAAGAUGAUACCGGGGAACAGAAUGGUUGGCUGUUCGAGACGGACUUUACUGCACCUUCAAAUCCCGAAGCGGAUAAUGUUGCGUUGGGCAGUUCUGCUCAUUCUCCUGAUGCAGAAGAAAUCGGAGGUGAUGCUGCAGGAGAUGACGGCGGCACGCAAUCGCAGCAUCCACCGGCGUCGAUGCCAUCGCAAACAGGGCUGGUCCGGGACCAGCCAUGGGACGCCAUUAUAGGCGAAGCAGCCAAUGACGACCCGGACACCAACGAUGAGGGGUCUAGUUCGGACUCGCUGCUGGAUACUGCAUUAUGCGUCCAGAAUAACCCGGGUGGCUCUCGGGGCCGAAAGGUGACGGCAGAUGCCACAGGGAAACCGGCCAUCGAAAAAGCAAACUCUGCGGCUGAAGCAUCCGCCCAAUCCAAGGAAGUCAAGUUCAGUGAGGCGGUGGAGGCGAUAUGGCGCGUUCCUGAAAUUAGCGGGGACUUUGCUACGCCUACAUGGAACAAGUCACGUCCUGCGCCUUCUUUCAAUACUGUGCGGUCUCAGUCUCCACCGGGAUCAAGAUCUAUCUGGGCACUUCCUUGGUCCUCUCGACGGGGCUCUGGACAAAAACGCGCAACGAAGCCUCAGAGGUCACCGCAGGGGAGGAAGCAUCAUUCCAGCCCCGUCGUGUGCGACUGGUCCUUUGCAGAGACGCCAGACGGAGACGAAUCCGACGAUCCGUUGCAGGAAGACUAUGAGCCCUCGCCGACGCCCAAACGGGGCAUGGAGAUCCGAGGAAAGCGCUCGGAAUCACACCCGCCAAGCCGUGCGAAGAACCGAUGCGCGUCUUGCCAGCAAUACUUUGUUCGUUCCGAUUACAUUUCCCAUCUGAAGGACAUUCUAUCCCAGGCCCCCGAUGGCCAACAUGAUCAGGCAGCCAUGCGGAAGCAUCUGGCCGCCGUAACCGACUCUCAUGAUUCAGAGAAGCGGGCAGCAGCGACCAGCACUUCCGCCCAAAAGAGUGGGGCUUCUUCUGAAAGUAUAACGAAUGUAUCGGCGGAGAACCCUCCAGGCGAUCCUGAUACGACGACGCCUACGAAGAAACGUGUUCGGACGUACAUUAGUCCAGAUGAAGCAAGGUUAAUUAUUGAGAUGAGGCAAGUACAGGGGAGAAAAUGGAACGAGAUUGUCGACCAACUUCCACACAAAAACUUGCCCCAACUCCUUAAUUGGAAUAAAACGCACUGGAGUGAACGCCGAGCGAACCCGCCUCCAUUGUCCAGACCGUGGACCAAACAGGAGCGGGAAGAGCUGACCAAAAUCAAAGACCAACACAACCUCUCGUGGGCCACCGUCCGUGCAAGACUUCCUGGACGCCCACUUGCGGAGAUCGAAUUUGAACUAUUGCAGCUCUGGAGUGGCGGAGCCGUUUAG